AUGCUCGCUCUUCUUUUCAGUCUCUUAGAACCCAUCUAUGGGCCUGAAGCCAUUCAAUCUGUCGCCCGCCAGGCGCAGGAGACCCCUUAUACCGAGCUCAGCAAGAAUGACCUGCGUUGGCGCGCUUACCAGUACACCAAUGUCGAAAACAAGGUCUUUUACAUCAUGGCCGAUGAUGGUACCUUGGCGAUGGUUCAGCUGAUCUACAGCAACAUCGUAGGUCUCCACACCACCGCUCAGUUCACAUCGAAGAUCUUCAACCUCAAAGGCGAUGGUCCCCACAACUGGCACUCGGAUCCCCUGUCCAACUUCAUGUUCGAUGAAAGCAUGCUCUCCUUUGGUGCCGACAACCUCGCUGUACAACUCAACGAGGAUGGCGAUACUUAUACCAUCAAGUCCGCUGUGAACGACGAUAGUCUGGUGAACCUGACGUUCAAGCGCUCCUCCCCUGGUUUCAUGAUCGGCAAGGACGGCACGUCGUACUUUGGCACGGACCCCGAGAACCCAUGGGGUUCCAUGAGCCAUGCCUUCUGGCCCCGGUGUGCCGUUGAGGGUACUAUCACCACCAAGGAGAAGACGUACGACCUCACGGGCCGGGGAAUGUUCAUCCAUGCCCUUCAGGGCAUGAAGCCUCACCACGCGGCUGCGCGGUGGAACUUUGUCAACUUCCAGACCCCCACCUACUCUGCCAUGAUGAUGGAAUACACUACCCCUCCGUCGUACGGAUCGACAACGGUCAACGUCGGCGGUAUUGUCAAGGAUGGAGAGAUCAUUUAUGCUGGUAUUAACAACAGCGCCACUCACACCGAAUCAUCGCAAGAUGCUGAAAGUGACUGGCCCGAGCCCAAGUCCAUCAAGUGGGUCUGGGAUGGCAAGUCUAAGGAGGGACAAGAAGUCCAUGCGGAGCUUGACGGGGCUCUUGGCAACCGACUGGACCGGAUCGACGUGAUGGCGGAAGUGCCCGGCUUCAUCAAGACCAUUGCUGGCAGUGUUGCCGGCACGCGACCUUACAUCUUCCAGUACUGCCCUCAAGAGAAGCUCUCUCUGAAGCUCAAGGUCGGCGACUCCGAAGUCACUGAGGAGGGAACUAUGUUCUCCGAGGCCACGUUCAUCUCAUAG